CACACAUGAAGCCGGCGGGAGGACGCGCUCCACCCGGGCCGAGGUGGAGGUCCGCAGGGUCCGGAGGAGAGCCCUCAGCACUACCGCUCCCACCAUGCCCUUCACACACACAAGACUGACUUCUUCAUGGUCCCUCACACCUGAUCAGUGGUGUCCACAAGAAGAAGCCUGGAGACAAGAUCACUCCCAAAGCUCAAGAAGAUCCUUAAAGGCAGUUCUUAUUGAAUGACGAAACAAAGAUAACAAGGCACAAAAAGACAAGGAGCACCGAUGGGACACCAGAGAAGAACAGUCCUUAACUUUGGGAGUUCCUUCAUUGCAACCCGAGGAGGAAAAGAUGAUCUGAUGUUAAUCAAACGUCCUGUUUGAGUCGACAGCUGAAAAGACGUCAUGUUGUCUUCACAGGGAACUGGUGCCUUGGCUCUUUUCCACAGUGUCUUAAUAGUGACUGCACUGAUUGACUCUGAUGAUGUCAUCACACGAGACGAGCAGAUCUACGUUCUGAUUGGUGCUCACGCCAAGUGUGAGAGGAACAUCCAGGCACAAACGUCCCUGGUUAAAGAAGGUGACUGCAUCCCAGAGUGGGACGGGAUCAUCUGCUGGCCACGGAGCCGAGCGGGUCAGCUGGUGUCAGUGCUGUGUCCAGAGUACAUCUACGACUUCAACCACAGAGGGCGAGCCUACCGCCAGUGUGACGCGUCAGGGAACUGGGAGCAAGUUCCCAGUAUCAACCGCACUUGGGCUAACUACACCGAGUGCACCGCAUACUUGACCUCCAACCACAGGAGCCAAGAGGAGAAGGUAUUUGAGAGACUCCAUCUCAUGUACACUGUUGGCUACUCCAUUUCUCUAGCAUCGCUGUUGGUGGCGGUCUCCAUCCUCUGCUAUUUCAAGCGUCUCCACUGCACACGCAAUUACAUCCACAUCCACCUCUUCACCUCCUUCAUAUGUCGGGCAGUCAGCAUUUUCGUGAAGGACGCUGUGCUCUACUCCAUAUCUGAAGACAGAGAGGCUGAGCCUGAGUUCACUGCACAGAAGCCCCAUAUGGCCGGCUGUAAAGUUGCUGUUACUCUCUUCCUUUAUUUCCUGGCGACCAAUCAUUACUGGAUCCUGGUGGAGGGCUUGUACCUACAUAGCCUCAUCUUCAUGGCCUUCCUCUCGGACAAGAACUACCUAUGGGCCCUCACCAUCAUCGGCUGGGGUGUUCCAGCUGUGUUUGUGUCUAUUUGGGUCAGUGCUCGAGCAUCGCUGGCAGACACACAAUGUUGGGACAUCAGUGCAGGAAACCUGAAGUGGAUCUAUCAAGUUCCCAUUCUGGCAGCCAUCGUUGUGAAUUUCCUCCUCUUCGUCAACAUAAUACGUGUACUGGCCUCUAAACUGUGGGAAACAAACACUGGUAAAUUGGACCCUCGGCAGCAAUAUCGGAAGCUGCUCAAGUCCACAUUAGUCCUCAUGCCCUUGUUUGGAGUUCACUACAUGGUGUUCAUGGCUCUCCCCUACACCGAGGUCACCGGGCUGCUGUGGCAGGUUCAAAUGCAUUAUGAGAUGUUCUUCAAUUCAUCCCAGGGCUUUUUUGUGGCAUUCAUCUACUGUUUCUGCAAUGGAGAGGUGCAGGCAGAGGUAAAGAAGGCGUGGUUAAGACGCAGCCUCGCGCUGGACCUCAAACAGAAAGCCAGGAUGACCAGCAGCGGAGGCAGCUGUUACUACGGCGGCAUGAUGUCACACACCACCACCCACAGCGUCAGCUUGUCUGCCGCCAAUCCCAAAGCUCUUUCUUUCACCGGUGCUGGAGGGUCAGGGGUCAGGCCGCCACGCCACGGCUCUCUCCACCAGCAAACCAGCCUGCCUGGAUACGUGCCCGGUGAUACAGAGACAUCCCGACAGGAGCUUGCUGUGCGAAAGCCAGGAGGGACGGAGUCUGGGGUUUUUGCCAGGCAUGCCAGAGCCAGCAAGAAAAAUCACGACACAGGAAUUCAUGGAGCAGCCCAAACCCCUGGAGCAGAAGAUCCAGACAGCUGCUUAUCUCUGAAAGAGCUGGAGACCAUCUUGUGAUUGUUUUGGUACAUUGACACAUGAACAGAAAUGAGGUGUUGGACUUAAAGCAGAUGACAGGGAUGAAUUGUUCUGACUUCACCUGACUAGACUGGACAUCUGACUGAGGACCUUCCAUACUAGACAUUUCAAGGAUUUGUUGAGAUUAUUUUGUCAACUUCUUCCAAGGUGAAGAAAGACUUAUAAGUCUUAACUGGUGGAUUUUUCGUGCAUCUAUUUAGUUUCUGUCAGUGUAAAUGAAUUGAAGGGAUAAUGUAGAGCGAGCCAGUUUAUUUCACAACAAUGACCCGCUAGCUGUACAUUAUCCCGCUUAAUACACGGAGCCCCUUGUAUUUGUAUGCUUUCAAUUGAUGUGUAAGAAUUGUGAACAGAUAGAAUGAAGCUGUGGAGAUGUGAUGCUGCAGAGAAUAUAGAAAAGUCAAAGGACAGACCUGGAUGUUUAAACAGGGGGACAUUUUUUGUGAUUCAUCUCUCUCUUCACAUCUUUCCUGUGUUGGAUUUUCCUGGCCAUACUGGCUGACCCCAGGUCAAACUGCACUUACGUGUGUGUGUGUGUGUGUGUGUGUGUGUGUGAGGAAGCAGUAGUUAGUACUUACUUUACCGAGCUAACUGUCCACAUCUGACUAUUUCCAACAGUCAUUAGUGUCCAGACAGCAUGUCUAGACAGGUAAGGUCUCUCUGCACCUUUGUCGUUGCCCAUGUUGUCUGACAGAACCCCUGAGGUGCUGAUUCGCAAACCCCAACCCCUUCCUCCGUGUAACCUCUGCCCCGAACGCCCUCACAACACCAUCCAAAAUUUCACACCCUCCCCCCAGGCCUCGACUCAGAGCAGGAGGCACCUGAGCUGUUUGUAGAUCUCGAGCACGAGUGACAAACCUGCAGCACAAGCCACCAUUAUUCACAAGGUAAACAGACAGGAAAUUGAACUUGUAAAUGUUUUAGGACUGUUUAAGUGUCCAGAAAUAGAGAGAUGUACAGUGUAAGAUAACUCAGAUCAUUUAAUACAUGUUUUGAGAGUUUAAAUAAAGUGAAUUAAAUUAAA